CUCUCUGCGGGAAGCGGAGCGCGGCCGCGUGCGCUCGGCGGGGAAAGUUUGGUCCCGGGCCGAAGCGCCGCCUGCCCGCGGGGCGGGCGCGAUGCCGGGGCGCGAGGCCGAGCGGCGCGGCGCGCUGUGCCUGGGGCUGCUGUUGCACGCCCUGCUGGGCUGCGGCUCGGCGCAGCCGCCCGCCGCCUGCCCGGCCCCCUGCGAGUGUUCGGAGGCGGCCAAGACGGUGAAGUGCGUGAACAAGAACCUGACGGAGGUGCCGCCCGACCUGCCGCCCUACGUGCGCAACCUCUUCAUCACCGGCAACCGCCUGGACCGCCUGCCCGCCGGCGCGCUGUCCGCCCCGCGCCUGGCCGAGCUGGGAAGCCUCAACCUCAGCGGCAACCACCUGCGGGCCGUGGAGGCCGGCGCCCUGGCCGCCCUGCCCGCCCUGCGGCAGCUGGACCUCGGCGGCAACCCGCUGGCGGAGCUCAGCCCGCUGGCCUUCGGGCGGGCCGGCCCGCUGGAGGAGCUGGCCCUGCGCGGGGCCCUGCGGAAGCAGGACGCGCUCCUCGGCCUGGCCGCCCUGCUGCAGGCCGGGGCCCUGCGCAACCUCAGCCGCCUGGAGCUGGCCGACAACGGGCUGCUGCUGCUGCCCGCCGGCAUGCUGGGCGCGCUGCCCGCCCUGCGGCACCUAGACCUCAGCAACAACUCGCUGGUGGGGCUGCGGAACGUCUCCUUCCAGGGGCUGGUUCGUCUGCAGACCCUCAACCUCAGCGACAACUCGCUGGGAGUGCUGCGGAACGGCACCCUGGCCCAGUGGCGCGGGCUGCCCGCCCUGCGGCGCAUCAGCCUCAGCCGCAACACCUGGGUGUGCGACUGUGCCAUCGAGGACAUGGUGGCCUGGCUGAAGGAGAGCGACCAGGUGGAGGGCAAGGAGGCCCUGAGCUGCGCCUUCCCCGAGAAGAUGGCGGGCAGAGCCCUGCUGAAGCUCAACGCGUCAGAGCUCAACUGCUCCACGCCCGUGGACGUGCCCUCCCAGCUACAGACUUCCUACGUCUUCUUAGGGAUAGUCUUGGCUCUCAUCGGGGCAAUUUUCCUCCUGGUUUUGUACUUGAACCGAAAAGGAAUCAAAAAGUGGAUGCACAACAUCAGAGAUGCCUGCAGGGAUCACAUGGAGGGAUAUCACUACAGGUAUGAGAUCAACGCCGACCCCAGGUUAACAAACCUCAGCUCCAACUCGGACGUCUGACAGCGCCACGGCAGUGGCCGUGCACCAUAGCUAUGCAUGACAUAUAGACUGAUGCUUCGCCCUCGUGCUCGCUUCCCUCUCCCCAGAGAAAUCUCGGACGUGCUCGCAGCAUGAAGGGGAUAUGCCUCUGUGCGUUGCUCAUUGCCACCCUCCCUUUGUUCCGAGACGCAGGGCAGCUGCGCAUGGUGUUGCACUGUACGCAAGAAGCAAGCUGCUACUACUUCUCUUCCUUACCAGUUCUCAUGGUGGGAAAUUUUUUCAAGAUCUCAAAAGGGAAAAGGAUACUGUGCUACAAAGCCACCGGAGUUUAUAACAGAUACAUAUAUACACACACACACAAUUACCAUUCAACAAAAUCUGCCUCAACUUUUUGAGAAAAACGUUAAAUCUCUGUGCCAGUUUUAAAUCUUGUAUAUCUGAAUUGUGAUGACAAUGUUUCCAUUUCAUAGACUUAACUUGGGAUUUAGAAAAACAAAAAAAGCUCCUUUUAACAAGUCCUCUGUUACAAAGAAGGAAAUCAAAUAAUGAGCAUGCACAAAUACUUCACAGUUUAACGUGUUAGGACACUUACAGUCUCAGUGAAUCACUUACUAUUUUGUACUGUAAUUUUUGAUUGCAGUUUACCUGAAAAUGGAUUUUUUUUCUAUACAUAAACUGCAUCUAAACUCCAUUUGAACUGUUCAAUUCAAUAAACAGUCUUGCAAGAACUUGUGUGGAAGUUUCCUGUUUAAUGAGAAAUGUAUGGACAUCUAAGAAUGUUAAUAACUUUAUGGGCUCUGGAGUAAUAGCCCUUCGGCAGUACUCCAAAUAAAAUCUUGUCUGUGUGUAGCUUCGAGAUAUAAAUGUUGAUGAUGGUUUUGUGAUGUACGCUUUAAGAAUUACACUGAUUAUGACGAGAGUGGUUCCACUUGGCACAAAAGCCCUGGUCUGCUCUCUUGAGACAACUGCAAAACGUCAGGACGGAUGUGAGGGUCUGUCUAGCUGGGAAGGAACUGGUGGCAUUCCCCAGCGACACGCUGUCUGGUGAAGCAGCUUGCUCAGACCCGCGUUCAGUUGUUGACUGAGAUGUUGCUAAAGACAGGCAUGACAAAAUACUCACAGUACAACUGCACUAAGAUCCCAACUCAUUAUUCUACCAGCAUUUUUCCUUAUGGUAUACUCUGCUCUUUAUGCAUCUACUUAAUUUCUUCUUUGCUUCAUUUUCCCAAGAAAUCCAUUAAAAGGAGCAUGAUAAUAAAUCUGCAUGGGUAGAGAAAUCAUUCUGACUGCACCUGUAUCUGUGGUUUAGCAUCUUCAUUUCCCUUUACAUCUUAGCAUGAAAAAGAGCCUUUUUCAAGGUGGACAGAGUAAAAUCUGAUAUGAACUUUAGCAGCUGAAUGUUGAAGAAGAACCAUUCAUUCUGAGUAUGUGAUGAAGGAAAAUAGCAUUUGGUAAGAAAAACAUUUCAGUUUCAAGCUUCCAAAUGGCAUUUAUAUUUUUAAGAGAAAGUUGAAGGGAGAAGCUUAUAAGGCAAAAAGUUAACAGCACUGAAAAUCUCAACACUAUUGCCAGGAAAAAUCACUGACUGAUUUUGUCUUUUAUGUUGAGGUCAUAUUUUAUGGAUAUAGCUCUAAUUUCCCCUGUUGCUAUAAAUAGAAAUUUUGCUAUCAGGCAAAGUCACGUCCUAUAAUAUUUGUAAUGCAAGUGUUUCUAGUGUGCAUUUUUUUGUGGGGUAUAAUAGACGGUGGAAUUCGAUUUGGUGUCUGCUGAUUUAAUAACGGCUAGAUCAGGCCCUCUACAUAAUGCUCUGUUUUUGUAAUCAUGCUGUUUACUAGUUGCAAAGCCCUUGACUUGAAAUCAAACAGCAAAAGCCCACCAAGGCAGAGGGGAAGGCAGUCCGCUUAGGGAGUAUGACAUUUAUUAGAUAUUCCAUACAUGCUCAGAGAAGAGACGUAAACCUUGCAGGAGCCGAGGGUCCUUUGCUGAUGCAGAAGUAAGUGUGUUACGGUGACUUCUUGAGAUAAUUGAGCAGCAGCAGGAAAGUGGUGCCUUGUACCAAGUACAUAACAGCACUCCUCUUCCAGCUUGGAAAAAAAUAAUAACAUAGGCUUAUCAAAGUACAAAUACAGGUUUGCUAUGCCAGAAGUCAUCUGUAGCGUAGGCAAAGCUUGAAAUUGGGCUCGUGUUCCCAAGUAGAAGUAGGGAACUAUUAAAAUCAUUUAAAUGGUGCUCUAGGCACUUUUUGUAUUUCAGUAAUCUACUACUUGCAAUUACUUAUAUUUUUCAAAGUGUUCAUUAGAUAGCUUUUCCUUCCUGAUGACAGAAUAACAAAAUAACAGAACAUAUUUGUUUUCUAGUAAUUAUGCAUGAAAGCAUCCAAAUAAAUUAGCAAAUGUUUCAGUGUAUAGAGUGAUGAAAAUGUUAGAAAUCUAUCUAGCAUUCUAGAAUAUUGCACUACUCUAGGAAUUUUAGAUAUGCAAGAUACUGCUGUGAAUUUCUCAAAUUGAAGCUGUACUUCAUAAUUAAAAUGAUACUUCAGUAAAUGAAAAUGUAUACCAGAUAACUUAUAAAUGAUAUGUGUUCAGUGUGCUAAUUUAAUUACUGUAAAUCCUUGUAGAUAUUGAGAUCCUUUCUGUCAUUUUCUUUAUAGCUCAAACUGAUUAUUGUACUGUGAAUUUGCAUGACACAAUAGUGGAAAAGCAACUUCCAUCUAGAUAGCACAAUUAUUUUCUUUAGAAAGAAAUUUAAUCAGCUAAUUUAAGGGAUUGUGGUUUAAUCACUUAUUAUUUUGGACAUAAUUUGAUAGCGUUUUUUGUUAAAGUAUGCCAUAUUGACUUGCAAGAUGGGUGCAGAUUCUAAAUUUAACAGCGAUGCACUUUUAUUUUUCUUAUUGUCUGGAUCAAACUGUAUUUUAAAGUCUUCAAAUAUGUAUUUACGUAGUGAAAUACAGAGGCAGUCUUAUUGACAGCAUGAAUUUUAUAAGUGUGAUGGAACUAUUAAAGGAAAGCGUUGCUGAAACAAAAUGAAGGAUAAAAACAGCAGUCUGGGGGCAAACUAUCUUGUUCUUUCUAAUGCAAAUAUUUAGAUUGUGACUAUAUGGAAAUUCAAAAGAAUGGAUGCUUCUUUUUAUUUUAGAUAGCUAUUGUAGACCUGUGAUAUUCUAGUAGGAUGGAGCAGCUUUACGGUGCUGUCCCAGGAGCAUACCUGGUGACUUGGUUGCCUGUGUAUCUAAGCUGUUUGCUGUUACUGUUGUUUUUUUUUUUUUCAUAUUGUCAGAGACACCUAACAGGGUUGGAUGUUAAGUUCGACAGGGAAUUGGCUGAUCUAUCCCAGACUUUAUCUUCGUAUGGCUGAUCUGUCUCAGUAUCAGUCCACAGCCUACUUUAGCUACACCAUUUGUUCCAGUGUAAAUUUUGUCUGUGGCAUAGCCUGUACCUUUUGCAUGUGAUUAUAUGGUAUCUGCGUGCAAUCAUGGGCAUUUAUGUAAUAAAGAAUCCAUUUGUCAA